GGAGGGAAAGAGAGUGCUGACGCCGCUGCUCCCGCAGACCGUGCAGCCAUGGGCAAUGCGCAGCAAAGGCCUCCUGGCAGGGGGGAUGGAGGAGGAGGCCAGCGGGCCCAGCCCACCAACCCAGGACAAGGCAGGGGCCGUGGGGAGAGCGCGAAGCAGCCGGCCCCUGGGAAAGCUCCCAUGAUGAAUGGCACUCAGAGGGAUAAUGGGAGCCAUGCUGCUGAUGAGAAUAGCACCAGUGGCCCAGCUCAGUCGGGGGUGGACCAGAGCUACCUGGAUGCCCCCGCUGGAGCUCUGCCUCCCCCACUCGCCCGGCUGAAGAACGCGGGCAAUAUGUUGUUCAAGAACGGACAGUUCGGGGACGCACUGGACAAGUACUCCCAGGCCAUCGCUGGCUGUGAGGAGGCAGGUAUUGAUAGCCCAGAGGAUUUGUGUAUUCUUUACUCGAACAGAGCAGCAUGUUACCUCAAGGAUGGGAAUAGCACGGACUGCAUCGCAGAUUGCACUAGGUCCCUGGAGCUUCAUCCGUGGUCGCUGAAGCCGCUCCUCCGGCGAGCCACGGCCUACGAGUGUCUGGAGCGCUACCGCAAGGCCUACGUGGACUUCAAGACUGUCCUCCAGAUCGAUGUUAGUGUGCAAGCGGCCCACGACAGCAUAAACAGGAUCACCAGACUCUUGAUUGAGCAGGACGGUCCCGACUGGAGGGAGAAGCUGCCGGAGAUUCCUCUGGUCCCGCUGUCGGCCCAGCAGCACCGGCGGGAAGAGGCGCCCAGUGAGGAGGUGCUGCAGGCCCGAGCAGCCCGCAAGGCAGAGGAGGAAGCCAGAAAGGCUGAGGUCCGCUUCUCAUCCCUGAAGAAAGAGGGGAAUGAUCUGGUGAGACAGGGCCGCUUCCAGGAUGCCCUGGAGAAGUACACUGAAUGUCUGCAAAUAAAGCCAAACGAAUGCGCCGUGUUCACAAACAGAGCCCUCUGCUUCCUGAGGGUCGAUCGCUUCCAAGAGGCCAAGCAAGACUGUGACUCCGCCUUGGAGCUCGAGCCAGCCAACAAGAAGGCGUUUUACAGACGAGCACUUGCCUUCAAAGGAUUAAAGGACUACCUCUCUGCCAGCACUGACCUGCAAGAGGUGCUGCAGCUGGACCCCAAUGUCCAGGAGGCCGAGCAGGAGCUGGAGCAGGUGACCCUGCUGUUCAGAGAGAGCUUGAUGUCCAGCGCCGCGCAGGGUUGAUGGAGCGUGAUGGCUGGAGCUCCAGGGACAAGAGAGCUGCUCCACCCAUUAGGACUGUGACACACUGGGGGCCCCCACUGCUAAGGGCAGAGACCAGACAUUUGCUUUUUACUCGCCCAAGACUUGUUGCUCUGUGUCACAGCAGGGUCAGAACUGAGUGUCAAGGAUGGCCAUCCGAAACUCCACCAAAAGCUGCUCACGACUCUCAAUAUCAAUGAUCGUGUGAUGUUGAACAGCGACCGUCAAGAGCUGCUGCAUGGCCAUUUGUCUUCAAUUCCACAUCCGAUCGAUCUCCUGGCAACCUGGAAUAAGUUUCCGUGCUUUAUGCAGUAUAAAAGAGCCCAGUCUGGCGCAGACGAGAA